AUGAUUAAGGUAGGUCAGCAUAGUUUAUUUAUAUUGGCAGCAAUAAAUGAAUUAAAUCGUAAUCAAUUUGCCAUUUUACGAGAAAAGAUUUCUAGAUUAUAUUCCUUACUUGAAGUAUUAAAAAAAUUAACUGAAGAACAAAGUCAUUUUAUUGAUUUAGAUUUACGUAAUGAUUUAUCAAAUAUACAUUGGGAUUUAGUUAAUUUAGAAUAUACAAUGGCACAAAUAAUACCAGCUAUUGAAAAUUCAUUAUUAAAUCAUUCACGAAAAGAUGUUAAAGAUACACCAAAAGAUGAUAUAAAUGAUACAGCAUUACAAGAGAUUCCUAAAAAAGAGAAUGAGAAAGACAAUGAAGAAACUGCAGAUAAAGAUAAUGAUAAAUCUACAAAAGUAUUAAAAGAUUUAGAAGAACGUUGGCGUACGAUACGCUCAAAUUUAAACUUAAAUAUUGACAUCAUCAAAAAGAAUUCAAAGCAAAGUGUUGUACCGUCCAGUUGUGGGGAUGAUAGUAAACGUACAAGUAUUUAUAAUAAUAUGUUAUCAAUUAAAGAUGAAGUCAAUCGAAAAUUAUCUACGCAUAAAGAAACACGUGACGAUUAUAAAAUUAUAGAUAAUAAAUCGUCAUUACCGUCCCGGCCAUCAUCUCCUCCAGUAUCUAUAUCCCCACCAAUAUCAAUAUUCGAUGAACAGAUUGAAAAUACAAUGUUGCUAGAUUCAAAAAAUUUAACAAAAUCGAUUAAAUUAAUGAUUAAUGAAAAUAUAACAAAAAUAGCUGAUAACAAAACAAUAACUGUUUUACAAGAUAAAACUCAAACAUUUUACGAUAGUGAAUCAUUAUUUAGUAUUGAUAUGCAAAGUAGUUCAUCAUUAGAGAAAAAUGUACUAGAAAACUGCAAGCAACAUUUUCCUAUUAAUUAA